AUGACAGCGACACGGAUCGUCGUGUACAGCUGUACACACGAGCUCCCAGACACCCAGGCAUACAUAGAGCGGGCCCAGGCCACACCCUAUCAAUACCGAAAUCCGAUCGUAAAUCGCUUAAGGAGAGCCUUCAGCUUAAACGAAACCAUCAGAAGACCAAGCAUGGAUCUUUGCCCUGUAUGCCAGGCAAAGGCCCGCCAGCGUUCUCGACCAGCACCGCAAGCGCAACCCGGCCCACGUCCUCGCGGACAGACCCUACAAGAUCGCACGCAUCCGGUUCACGCACCUCAGGUAAGAUCUCAAGUCCCAGCUCGCGGCUCGCCAGACUCAACCGACUCCCAAUCCCAAGUUCCACAACCGUGGAACAUGGCCGAUGGUCCGCCUGAUCUACCAGUUUUACUUCCACCUCGAAACACGAUCACUCCCCCACCACAAGCCAACGCACAGUUGUGGAACAUGGCGGAAGGUCCACCCGACCUCCCUGUUCUUCAAUUUCCCAACACCCCCGCGUCCCAGCCACAGGCCGAUACAGAGGCAUGGCCUCUCCCCACGAGUUCCACCGGCUUGCCAGGCACAGACGUUCUCAUGCGGGAUGGGAUGCGAUCAUCCCCAUCGCCACCUUCGCCUCCACCAAAGGACCAUGAUUUACACCCCCGGGUGAACGCCUGGGUCAGACAACAAACCUCCGAGACGCUCAGGAGACACCACGAGCGAAUCACCCGACCACUCGAACCCCAGUCUUCUGAGUCAAGACCAAGGACUCUGGUCAUCUUAAUCCCCGAUCCUCUCACUUUGACUCCUUCUACCACUCGUGGUGAGGAGGGCCGAGCUGAGUCGCCAACGGAUCCGGGGAUGAGAUUUCCGAACUGGCUUUGA